AUGGCGGCACCUACCAAGUACUUGGAGCGGCCCAUUCCCUCCAUCUCCCUGGCCGACUUCGACUCUCGCAUCGACGAGAUCACACAGCAACUGUGCUCGGCAGCCGAAGACGUCGGGUUCUUCUGCGUCUCCGACCACGGCAUCCCUUUAUCCUCCAUCGACGACAUGUUCGCCUGGUCAUCCCGCUUCUUCUCGCUCCCGGACCCUCUCAAGGCCACGGUCUCUUUCUCCAACAAUGCCGGGUGGGAGAAGAACGCCCAGGUGCGGCCUAGCACGGGGGCCGCGGACCGUAAGGAAUCCUACCAGAUGCAGUUCGGCGCCAACAUGGACGGGAAAUGGCUCCCCGACGCUACGCUGCCCGGGUUCCAAACCUCCGCGCUCCAAUUCAUGCAUCAAGUCCAAGCCGUCUCGGAGAGGCUGAUGACCUGUUUCGCACGAGGCUUGGGCUUCGACGACAACUACUUUGUGCGCGCCCACGACGUCAGCCGCCCGGAAUCCCAGACCGUGUGUCGCCUGCUGCACUAUUUCGAAGUGCCGGCAAACCCGGGCGAGGUGUGGCAUCGCGCAGGGGCUCAUACGGACUGGGACCUCCUGACGCUCCUGUUCCAGAAAGAGGGCCAGUCGGGUCUAGAGAUCUGCCCCGGCCGGGAGGUCAGCACGUCUUUCGGCCACGGCGAUACCUGGACCAAGGUCGAACCCUCGGCGGGCCAAAUCAUUUGCAACAUUGGGGAUCUGCUCAUGAGCUGGUCCGACGACCGGUUCAAGUCGACGUUCCACCGUGUGAAGGCCCCGACGGAGCCGGGCGACUACCACGGCGAGAGAUACAGCAUUGCCUUCUUCAACCAGCCCUGUCACGAUGCGCUGAUCCAGGGCCCAAGGAAGAAGUAUCCGCUCGUGACAGGCGCCGAGUUUACGAAGAAUGCAAUGGACUUGUAUUAUUCCAAGACGUUAGAGAAGCAAAAAAGGCAGCUCCUCGAGGAGUCGUCGACCAGUGUUCCGGUCAGGAUCUAG